UGGGGCAGCUGGAAGAAGCCAAAGAAUUGAACUCCGAUUGCACACCUGUUAUUCCGACGGAAGCUUAAAUGGAGUCAGAAAACAUACAUACAGAUCCUAAAAUGGCAAUGCUGAGAACAUUGAUGAUGAGCUUGGCUGCAAUAAGCAUGGUGGUUGGAUCAUCCAUGGCAGCAAAUCACACCGUGGGUGGUCCAAAUGGUGGAUGGGAUACAUCUACCGAUCUCCAAUCUUGGGCAUCAUCUGAAACAUUUACGGUCGGAGAUAAUCUCAUCUUUACGUAUUCACCGAUGCAUGAUGUGAAUGAAGUUUCCAAGACUGGCUACGAUUCGUGCACGUCAGCAAAUCCACUUUCAACUAAUUCCGGCGGGAAUACCGUUGUGCCUCUAACUGCCGCCGGCAAGAGAUACUUCAUAUGUGGGACCAUGGGACAUUGUUCCAUGGGAAUGAAACUCCAAGUAAAUGUCCUCGCCGCCGCUGCACCGCCGCCAGCCGUUUCUACAACCGCUCCGACACCGUCGGAAUCCUCCGUGCCAUCAUCAGCUCCAUCGCCGUCCGCCACCGCUCCGGUCAACUCUCCGGCGCCGGAAAUAGCCCCUGCACUGCCCGCGGCAUCACCGUCGUCGUCCAAGGCAACUGCAAAAAGCCCAGCUGCCCUGUCACCGGUAGCGGAAGACCCGUCAACCGCUGCUGCAGCAUCACCGCCGGCGCUGGAUUUCCCAAGGACGAUUUCUCCGGCUCCGGCUGGCGGUGAUCGUGAAUCUCAGCUGCCUCCUCUACCCUCAUCGGCCAACAAAGUCAAUGUCGUUGCUGCGGCGGCCUUCGCCUUUAUCUUCUUCAUGUUCGCUCUUUAGGCUUUAAUUUAAUUUUACUGUACACACCAUUACAGAUGCAUGUUGUACUGCUCUCUAUUAUGAUUUCUUAUCCUGAGUGAUGGUUUGAACUUUUGUUUCCA